CAAAGCUAAUGUCAAAUAGAAAUGUCAUUUUGUUUGGAUCGUUGUUCAGCUGUAUAAUUUUAACUAAAAAUGAAUAAUUCGCAGCUUAAUGUGACUUGUUCGCCAGGAACUUUCUCGCGCAUCCAAAAUGAUGAAGUUUACCGGCAACAGUUAGCCACCCAAGUGCUGGAAAAUCGGAAAGAUUAUAACGAAGUAAUCUUCUCAACGCAGCUAAUGGGCCAAGUUCAAGAGGCUCAGAAUUCAGUGGAUGCACAAGAGGUUCAAAAUGCGUUGUAUGAACAAGAGGCCCAAAAUCCAGUAGAAGCAGUGGUAAUGCAAAGCCCACAACGAAAUGUGGAAACGCUUCCAUCCGAAGAAAACUCAGGUUCGGCUGAGAAGCAGGCGUGGGUUGAAGCCCCAGUAAAGCUGAUGCUUACGUUAAUCGAGGAGCUACGGCCUAAAGUGGGGAAGAGCGCAUCCGUUAAAAAUAAAACGAAAAUGUGGAAGCUUAUAACUGAGCGUAUGGCAGAGCAAGGGUAUAUCUUCACAACAGCGCAGAUUGAAAAUAAAUUUCGAACAAUGGAGCGCAAUUUUAAGAAGACGAAUCUGCACAACAAACAAACAGGCAGAAAUAGGCUGACGUGUCCAUACCAGAAGUAAGCAAUUGUAAAUUUACUAUUUUUCAUGUACAUAAUUAAAUGUUUUUCAGUGAA